CACGGUUGUUCCACCCCCACCUACCGUGACCGAGAGACGACGAUCAUUAUGGAGAAGGAUAAGUCUAUCGCCGGCGAGACUCCGGUCUACGUCGACGUGUCGGGGUCCGACAAGGUCAUCGAUGAGAAGGCUGAACAUGUUAGCCAUCACGACGCGUUGGACUCGAAGGCUGCCAACAUCAGCGCCUGCCAGGUCGAGCCCAUACAGGGCGAGACUCACUCGUUGAAGGAUGAGCUUUUGGCAGAUGAGGAGAUUGAUUUAUUCAAGCCCUUCCCCAUCGACCCUUCUCACCCUGUCGAGGAACGUAUCCUCACCAUCCGCGCCUUGGUGACCGGCAUCGCCCUCGGCGCCCUCGUAAAUGCCUCCAACUUAUAUCUCGGCCUUAAAACUGGUUUCACCUUCAGCGCAAGCAUGUUCGGUGCCAUUUUCGGGUACGGUUGUAUCAAGUUCCUCUCGCGGACCACAGGUAACAUGCCUAUCCUCGGCGGUUCCUUUGGUCCACAGGAGAACACCAUCAUCCAGGCCGCUGCUACCGGAGCCGGUGGUAUCGCUGGUCUCUUCGUCGCGGCCCUGCCAGCCAUGUACCAGCUUGAGCUGAUGAGCAAUCUGCCAAGCGAGGAUAUUGGAAGGAUAUUCACCAUCACCCUGAUCUGUUCUUUCUUCGGCCUCUUCUUCGUGACCCCGCUUCGUCGAUUUUUUAUCAUCCAAGUGGCUAAGGAGCUCAGACUGAUCUUCCCUACUGCGACGGCAACGGCUCUCACCAUUAGGUCCAUGCACGCCGCAGGCUCUGGUGGUCUCAAUGCCGUUAGGAAGCUGAAGGCUCUGGGGUAUACAUUCAUUGCCGCUGUGAUCCACCGUGUCGCAUCAUACUAUGCCAUUGGUAUCCUCUACGACUGGCACGUGUUUACCUGGAUCUACAUCUGGAGCGGCCAUAAUAACUGGGCAAUCAACAUCGAAAACUGGGGCUGGUACAUCGAAAUCACUCCUGCCUUCAUCGGUUCCGGUAUGCUCAUCGGUCUCAACUCGGCCCUUUCUAUGUUCGGCGGUGCAUUCCUCGCUUGGGGCGUAAUCGGACCUCUCCUCGUCCACUACGGAGAGUGUAUCGGCAAGGCCUACGAUCCGGAAGACCCAAUCUGGCACGAUUACACGUCCUUCAGCUCUCUGAAAAACCUAGGCAAGGAGGCUCCCUCGCCACGUUACUGGCUCUUAUGGCCGGGUGUCAUGAUCAUGGUGUGCGCGUCGCUCGCUGAGCUCUUCAUCCAGUACAAGGUCAUCUGGAUCGCCUUCAAGUCCGUAUUCCGCCAGUUCAACACUGCCAUCGACGAGGCGGCGAGGAAGCGCGGCAAAGUUAUCCCUUUCUGCGCUCGCCAUGCUGGUACUAUGGACUCAUCCGACCUCGUCGAGGACCCAUUCCCAGCGGAGCAGCAGGUUAAGGAUUGGAUGUGGAUGCUUGGCCUUACCGUAACCCUCGUCGUCUCUUUCAUCAUCUGCCACUUCCAGUGGCAGAUGAACGUCGGCCUCACUAUCUUGGCAUGCGUCCUCGGUUUCAUAUUUGCCUUCCUCUGUAUCCAGAUCGGCGCCGUCACUGAUACCACACCCCUCACCGCCGCCUCCAAAGCCUCUCAGCUCGUCUUUGGUGGUGCCACUUCCGGCCACGGUUACUCCAUCAAGGAUGCACAGCGUCUCAAUCUCAUUGCUGGAGGUAUCGCCUCCGGCGCUGCCGACGUGGCCACCAACCUCACUGCGGAUUUCCGUACUGGUUUCCUCCUCCGCACCCCGCCUCUGAAACAAUGGAUCGCCCAGGCCAUCGGCACCAUGGUCUCCGUUUUCCUCGCCCCUGGGAUGUUCGUCCUCUUCACCUCCGCCUACCCCUGCAUCAUCCACCCCGCCAACUAUGACCAUUGUCCCUUCCAGGCUCCGUCCGUGGCUUCUUGGGCCGCUGUCGCCCAGGCCGUCACUGACCCCAGCAUCGGCAUCCCCAUCAAGGCCGGCAUCUUCGCCUGCGUCAUGGGCGCCGUGUCUGUCAUCCAGGUCAUCUUCCGCCACUACUACCUCGUCGGCGAGCGUGAGAAGUACCGCGCCUAUCUUCCCAACUGGGGUGCCAUCGCGCUCUCCUUCGUGUUGCCCGUUCCCGUCUUCACCAAUGCAGCGCUCCUUGGUGCCAUCAUUGCCGCUGUCUGGCGCAAGUACCGCUAUGCCAACUGGGAUAUCUACGGAUAUGCUGUUGCGGCUGGUAUGAUUGCUGGGGAGGGUAUGGGUGGUGUCAUUGGUGCCGCACUGCAGCUCGGGGGAGUUUCGGGAGAUGUGUACGGCACUAACCUUGGGUGCCCUAUGCUCCAGUGUUAGUUGAGGUUGGGGAUGUAUGUAGGAGCGGCGGGGCUAUAUACUGGGCUCAGUGGGUUCUGUAGAGCACUACUUGACUGACUGGUGCUGUUGAACGGCCGUUAAUGACACUAGG